UGCAACUGCGACGCGCGUUUGAGCCGCUCAGUGUGUUUAAGAGUGGCAUGAGAAUUCGAAAUAAUAAAAUUAAGUUCAUCUGUGUGCUGAUUCUAAAGAUAAGCCUAGGAGCGUCAGAAGUUUACUGCGUGUGUUAAAAGUUUUGCGUUUGUGGUAAAACGUAAGCCGAACUUGCGAAGAGAUGACGGGUCGGUUGCCUGCAAUCGUUAUUGACGGAGGGACGGGUUCUGAAAUGCCGGUAUCUCUCAAUCGACCUGCAAGUGGAUGUGGAUAUCAUCUGGGAGAGUCAUUCAUAUCGGGACAGCGAACAAGGAGUGAAGCAGCAAAAGAUGCGCCAACUCUGUCAUCAUGAUAAAUAGGAGCAGGGAGCCUAUUAACUCACGAAAAUGUAUUAUACAUUACAAGCACAAACGAGGAAGAAAUAUAAUGACUACUUACGGAGGAAGCAAUAACAGGUAUACAAAACUAGGGUACGCUGGGAACAAGGAACCACAGUUCAUAAUACCGUCAGCAAUUGCAAUUAAGGAGAACGCCAAAAUCGGAGAUAUGGCGACGCGUCGCUUAGCUCGUGGUGUCGAGGAUCUGGAUUUCUAUGUUGGAGACGAAGCUGUUGAUGCAGCUGGAUAUGCAGUCAAAUACCCUAUCCGGCAUGGAAUGGUUGAAGACUGGGAUCUUAUGGAAAGGUUCUGGGAGCAAAGUAUAUUCAAGUAUCUACGUGCUGAGCCCGAGGACCACUAUUUCCUGCUGACUGAACCACCAUUAAAUACCCCAGAAAAUCGCGAGUACAUGGCUGAAAUAAUGUUUGAAACGUUCAACGUACCCGGGCUGUAUAUUGCAGUGCAGGCGGUGCUUGCCCUAGCUGCAAGCUGGAGAAGCAAAGCCGGAAAGCCCACGCUUACAGGACUAGUUAUAGACAGUGGGGACGGAGUAACUCAUUGUAUCCCUGUAGCCGACGGAUACGUUGUGGGGAGCUGCAUUAAGCAUAUCCCCAUUGCCGGCCGGAACAUUACGUAUUUUAUUCAGAACCUUUUAAGAGAACGCGAAACUGGAAUCCCACCGGAACAAUCUCUCGAAACUGCAAAGGCGAUUAAGGAAAGGUACUGCUAUAUUUGCCCGGACAUUGCGCGGGAAUUCGCCAAAUAUGACAAAGAGCCCGACAAAUGGUUCUUGUCAUAUGAAGGCAUGAACAAUGUUACUCGUCAAGGGUUUAGCGUAGACGUAGGCUACGAAAGGUUUCUUGGACCGGAAAUUUUCUUUCACCCCGAAUUCGCCAACCCUGAUUUCAAUACGCCGAUUUCGGAAAUUGUAGACACUUGCAUCCAAAGUUGUCCGAUAGACGUGCGCCGACCACUCUACAAUAACAUUGUACUGUCGGGUGGUUCUACAAUGUUCCGCGAUUUUGGACGUCGUCUCCAGCGUGACGUAAAAAGGGUUGUCGACGCACGCCUGAAGCAUUCGAUUGAAUUGAGCGGAGGUCAUAUCACACCCAAGCCGAUAGACGUGACAGUCGUUUCACAUCAUAUGCAGAGGUACGCCGUUUGGUUCGGCGGCUCCAUGCUUGCGUCUAUGCCGGAGUUCUACCCAGUGUGCCACACCAAAGCGCAGUACGAAGAACAUGGUCCGAGUAUAUGUCGACACAAUGCCGUCUUUGGAACCAUGUGGUGACCUGCAAGAUCGGUAAAACCGGCAGCAGUUGACGGUGCAAUGAGACGUGAUUUCUAUGGAACGUUUGCCGACGAUCUAUGCACAGCUCGGAUAUCCAUCUCGGCACUGCAAUCUGAAAAAGAAAGCCUUUGGAGGAAGGAUGAUGAAGUAAACGUUACUGCCUUAAGCACAACGGAGGACCGCGGUUGGAUACUAAACCCGUGAUUUUGUCUCUCACUAUUAUUGAUAAUAUUACGAGUAAACUAACCUUGAUGCUCCAUGAUUCCUCACUUUAUAAGUUUAACCGCCGCAUUGGCUGUAAAGGAUGUCAUUUAUCUCGUUAUAUGAGAUAUGCGGUCAAUAAAGUUGAAAAAGAACUCUCAAGAACUACGUUUGUUGAAUAUUCAUUGAAUUAACUUCAUUCUUAAAGUACAGUUCCAAUCUAUGCACCAUAUAAAGACUGAAGUGCGAAUCAUUAUUUAUUCUUUCGAUUGGUUCGAAAAAAUAAGUGUAAGGGCACGGUCUGUGUUCCACUUGGUUUUCAAGGAUAAAAAGAGUACACAGAUAGUUAUAUUGUGGCAGAGCGCACGUCAACAGAGCUUACAAGUUCUUCAAGGAAGACACGAAGUAUUAAAAUGUGCCACAGAGGUUACUCACUACAUGUCAGCCAAAUACAAUCAUUGGGCUUCUCAGUGGAAAAUAUUCUAGCGUAGAUGAAAUUAUAACUACAGCUCCGGAAUAAUGCAAACGUGGCUGUCAACGAAAAACCCACAAAUAAUGCAAUAAUAAAAUGUUCAAUUGUCAGUGUGACAAUAAUAUCGAAAUUCAAUGAGAAAGAAGAUGGCAGGAUUUCAAAAAUUGCCCAAUGAACUCUUUAGUAGCAUACCAUUCAUAUCUUCGCAAAAACUAAGGAAGAGCAUACGUGAGACGAAAUACAUUAAUGAUAAGACUUCACAACCAUAUAUAAUCGAACCCAUUUGUUUCAAAGUGGGAAGCAUAAGUUAUAAUAUAGAUACCAUUGACCUCUGUUUGGUUUAGUAUACAAGUGAACUGUUUCAUAUAUUGUAGGUCUAUUAUAAUAUACCUUAGUGCUCUUAGCAGCAUAUUCGCACAAAAAAGUUCACUCAAAUUGACUGAAAUUUCAUUUCACACCUUGUUACUUUGUUUGGCAAUCGCAGCGCAGUCUUCUUGAUAAACGCUCGUUUUUUUUCUGAUUAGUUAGCAAAAAUAAGUAAACUUUAAAUAUGUAUGGACGGCGAAUACUAAUUAUUAGUAUUUUUGCUUGAGUUUUAAUUAUUAAGUUACAAAAAUAGGUCUGUAAACAGAAUAAGGAAAAUUGUUAAUUUCCUUUGUUUUGGGGUUGGUCGCCAGU